AGACCGUCGCUCACGUUUGGGUUUGUCCGGGAGCACGUGAAUGCAGCACGAGCUGUUGAGGUGAUCCAUGGCAACAGCCCCGCGCGCGCGCUCCCCGCCGGUCCCUGCCCCGUGCCCGCCGCAGCAGCACACUCGGAACGCACGCGGAGACAUGACUGCCGACGGGCUCCGCGCUUGAAUUUCGGCAUCAAGGUGACCGGGAGGGCCCCGCGCGGGAACGGCAGGUGACGGCGGCCGCGUCGCGAGGAGUGCUCGGAACGGACGGCAGAAUGAGCGCGCGCUUCUUCGGUUCGGCAGCCUGCGGGCGGAGGGGCUCCAUCUUCUGAAGUAACUGCUAACCUGCCGCGGUACCCCCCUCCCCAGCCCCCAGCAUCGGCGGGUCCUCCCCCCUCCCCCCGCAGCCUCCAUCACUCAUCCUCACCGGGAAGAUGGCGACCGGCUCCGGCUGGCAGCCGUUCUACUGCCCCGCCGGUCAGGGCAAAUUCUCCCCGUCCUCCUCCGGGCCGUUCCAGGCCGGCCUCGCCAUGGAGUACACGCAGGACCUGCACCUGAAGAUGAGCAAGAAGAUCGCGCAGCUCACCAAGGUGAUUUAUGCCCUGAACACCAAGAACGACGAGCACGAGGCCGCCAUCGCCACGCUGAAGGAGGCUCACGAGGAGGAGGUGCAGCAGAUCCUCUCUGAGACCAGAGAGAAGAUCCUGCAGUACAAGAGUAAAAUCAGCGACGAGCUGGACCUGAAGAGGCGGAUCCAGUCUCUGGAGGAGUCCAUGGAGCUGCACGAGCGCAUGAAGAGGCAGGCGCUGGCCGAGUUCGAGAGCUACCGCCAGCGGGUGGAAGACAUGCAGCUCUGCACCGAGGCGCAGCACACGCAGCGCGUGGUGUCCAUGUCCAGGGAGGUGGAGGAGAUGCGGCGCUCCUUCGAGGAGAAGCUGCGGACGUUCAGCCAGGCGCAGGCGCAGUUCGAGCAGGAGAAGAAAGCUGCUCUGGAGGAGCUGAAGGCCCAGCACAGACACGAGAUCCAGGAGCUCCUCCGCAGCCACCAGAGCCAGAACGCCAACUACAGCAAAGACCAGGAGAAGCUGGGACAGCUGCACAAGGCCGAGGUGGACUCUCUGGCUGAACGGGUGGAGGAGCUCAAACAGGAUAAGAAGAGGCUGGUGGAGGAAUACGAAGCCAAACUCAGCAAGGCUCAGGCCUUCUACGAGCGCGAGCUGGAGGCCAUGAAGAGAACCCAGCAGCUGACCGCCGACAACCUGCUGGCGUGGAAGCGCACGGAGGCCGAGCUGCGGCGGGAGUUCCAGGCCCAGGAGGCGGCGCUCCAGAAGACCCUGGGAAAGCUGCGGUCCGAGCUGGCCCGAGUGACGGACGAGGCCCGGGAGAACCGGGAGAAGUCCCACAAGCUGCAGGCUUCGCUCACGGUGGCGGAGAGCGCCGUCAAGGACCUGAACAAGCAGCUGGAUGAAGUGACCCAGAACUCCGAGAUCAUCGAGAUCCGUCAGAAGGAGGCCGAGUGUGAGCUAGAGGCGGCCAGAGACCGGGUCCAGCAGCAGGCCACCGAGAUCCUGCUGAAAGCCAGUCAGAUCAGCAGCCUGCAGGCCGCCCAGAUGACCCAGGAAGCCGCCAUCAGGGACCUGGACAACGAGAGGAACCGGCUGAAGGAUAAGGUGGUGAGGCUGGAGGAGGAGCGGGAGGCGCUGCAGAGCCAGGGCCAGGCGGUGGACGACAGGCAGAAGCAGCAGAUCCAGUCCCUGGAGAAGGCUCUGCAUGAAGAGAAGACGUCCCACGAGAAGGAGAUGAACAACAUGAAGGCUCGCUUUGAGGAGGAGGGCAGCCAGAUGAAGGAGAGCCAGGCCCGCGCUCUGGAGGAGGUCGCCAAGAAGCACCGAGUCACCCUGGAGACGUCGCUCGCCAGCGCAGAGAAGGACAAGAACCGGCUGCUGGCGGACUUGGAGCAGCAGUUUGAGCGAGAACGUCUGUCCCUGGAGGAGGAGAAGACGCUCCUGAAGCAGCAGUUGGAGGAGCUGAGGGAGGAGCUGACGUCCAAACUCACUGCAGCCAACCAGGAGGUGUGCCGGUUGCAGCAGGAGGUGCGUCAGGGGGAGCAGGACUUUAACUCAGCCGAGGGGCAGAUCUCCACCCUGAAGGAGGCGCAGGACAAACUGCUGGAGGAGCUGGACGCCACCAGAGCUCGUCUGAGAGAAACCAGCAACCUGCUGUCGGCUCUGCAGGGAGAGCUGGAGACACAGAAGCGCCAGCAUGAUGCCAAAAUCAUCACAACCAAAGAGGAGGAGAAGCUGAAGAUGGACAAGAUGGCUCUGGAGCUGGAGCUGAAGUGGACCGAGACGCUCAGGCAGGAGUGUAAGAAGCUGCGUGAGGAGCUGAGGGAGGAGCACGAGGAGGACAAGGCCUCGGCUCUGGCCCAGCUGGCCCAAACCAAGGAGCAGGAGCUGAGCGGCGCCAGGGAGAGCUGGCAGAGGAAGGUGGAGGACCUGCUGGAACAGAUUUCCCUGCUGAAGCAGAGUCUGGAGAUGCAGCUGUCGCAGUCGCAGUCGUCCCUGCAGCAGCUGCAGCAUCAGUUCAGUCAGGAGCGCGAGCAUCUGCGCAUGCAGCUGGACGAGCUGCAGACGGAGCACCAGAGGCGGCAGCAGCGUCUGCAGGAGGUCCACGUGUGCGCCGUGCAGGAGAUGGAGCGCGCCCGGCAGCGUGACCUGAAGGAGCUGGAGGAGCGUCUGCGCCACCAUCAUCACGCGGAGCUGCAGGCGCUCAGAGAGGCUCACCGCCAGAGCAUCGAGACGCUGAAGCAGCAGUCGGAGCAGGAGCUGCAGACGCUGCGCUUCGAGCUGGAGGACGAGGGCAAAGCCAUGCUGGCCUCCCUGCGCUCGGAGCUGAACCACAUCCACGCCUCGGCCAUCGAACACCUGCGACAGACCCACCAGCAGGAGUCCGCCGCCGCCAAGGCCCAGCUGGAGGAGGCGCUGGAGAGCAACCAGACUCAGGAGCGGGAGCUUCUGGGCCGGAUCUCGGAGCUGCAGGACGAGGUCUCCAGGAGGAAAACCCACGUGGCCCAGCUGGACCACCAGAUCCACACGCUCAACGAGAACAUCAGCAGCCUGACCAAAGAGCUGGAGAUGAAGGGCAAGGAGGUGCUGAAGAUCCGCGGCGAGGCCAACCAGCAGAUCCGGGCGCAUGAGCAGGAGCUGAUGAAGAAGCACGAGCGGGAGCUGUCGGAGCUGAACGCCGCCCACAGCAGGGAGACGCAGAACAUGCUGUCCGACUUCAACAAGGCCCAGGAGGUGCUGAAGGACAAGAUCUCCGCUCUGCAGAUCCUGCUGGAAGGAACGGAGGAGAAGUUCAGGAACCGAGAGAGCCGUCCUGAAGACCUGCAGGUCAUCGCUGAGCUGAAGGACAUGGUGUCAGAGCGGGAGAGCCUGGUCAAGAAGCUGGUGGACGACAAGAAGUUCUACCAGCUGGAGCUGGUCAACAGAGAGACCAACUUCAACAAAGUCUUCAACGCCAGCCCCAACGUAGGAGUCAUCAACCCGCUCAUCAAGCCCUCCUGAAACCAAGGACCCCGGCCUCGACCCCGCUGACCCCCAGCGCCAGGACUGCUUCGCCCAGUACUUUUCCUUUUAACACCAGGACUCCGCAUGUCGACCAACGUGAAAAAUAAAAGAGGAACUCUGUGAAUCCGUCUUCUCUCGUCGUGGGAUGAGGCGGGGGGUGGAGUCACUCAGAACUGAAGCCGCCCCCUCCCGAUCUGUGGUUUCCCUGCAGACGAGUGACCAUCAGUAUGUUUGAUGUUUUCAUUUCUUGGUAACUUUCUCACCGUCUCUUGAUCAACGUCGGAGAGCGGCGUCCUCGCCGGAUUAGCUAAACGUGAAGAAAUCUGUGCUAGGCUGUUGUGCUCUCUGCAUCUUAGAGUAGGGGGGCCGAGCUCAGAGCAGGUCCCUGCUGAGGGGCGGAGACCCCCCUGGAGAACCCGGCCCCCGCCUCAGGACGGCUCCGCCCAGAUUUUGGUAGAAGUUCAAACCUGUUUGUAUGGCCGUCUGUCUCUACAGAUACGAUGAUGUCUCACCAAUUUUAAAACAAAAAUAGCAUAUUUUAUAUUUAUAUUAUAAAGUGUAUGCUUAAUAAAGAAUUAUUGUGACAUUUA